AGCAAUCGCUGGCGCAAGUGAUCGCCUCUUGUGUCGAAGCGUCGUGUUCUUUAGCUUCUGGAUUCCUUUUCGUGGUUUAUGCAUCUGCACGUUGACGUUGAGCGUGAUCGCUUAGUACUCUGGGAUUAUAGAAUUUCGCAGCUCAAUUUUUGUUUAACAGUUCAUCGAGUUGGCUUUUCCUGCAAUAGAGUCGCCUUCACUUCUCGCUUUUUCAGUCCAGCUCGAAUGCUUUUCUUCAGAGGAGUGCUGUGAUUGCUCUUGUGUAGUUGACCAAGAGAAGGUCAAAUCUUAGAGUUGUUUCGAAGAUGGCCAAUGAGGAGAGUAAUCGCGGCUCUCAAUAUUCGCCUUUUGUGGCCUUAAUCUAUAUCUUCAACUUGAUGGUAGGCACUGGCUGUUUGGCUCUUCCAUCAGUAUUACUGAAAGGAGGUUGGAUAAUAAUGUUAACACGAGUCUGCAUGUUACGGUGGACAUGCUCACAGAUUUUGGGUAGCUCCUUUCUUUUCAUUGUCGCAUUCCUGAGCUAUGUAAGUGUGACGUUUGUGCUGGAGUCCAUGGCCACAGCAAAUGCUUUCAUCCAACUCAAAAGCAAAGACGGUCUCGAUGAAUCUCUGUUGAGUGAAGAGGCUGGACAUCGAGGGGAUGACUUUCCUUCUGAGGAGUCGCAAUCUCUGCACACACCCAAUGACGAAGGCAUAUUUCAGAUUUCAAGAAAGAUAGAGAUGGGGGAAAUGGCUGGUCUGUUCUUCAACCAAUGGGGUAUCAUUAUCUUUUACAGCGCCCUAAUCUUGUAUCUUGUCGGAGAUUCGCUCAUCUACAGCACAUUAGUUGCUCGAUCCUUGGCGCAAUAUUUUGCUAACCUCACCCCAGCUUCAUGGGGAUUUGGCCUGUUCCUGGGUAUCUUCUUUUGUUUCAGUUUACCUCUCUGCUAUUUCGACUUCCAGAAGACGAAGCUGCUGCAGAUAACAACUCUCGCUAUUCGAAAUAUUUCACUUUACACUAUGAUCAUUCUGGCAGCUAUAAAAGUCGUGAAGGGAGGCCGCCAGGACUCUGAUGUACCAAGUUUCAGCUUGUCAGCACUGCCAAACUUAUUUGGAGGGGCUGUCUAUUCGUUCAUGUGUCAUCACAGUUUACCUGGUAUUGUGACACCCAUGCGGAAUAAGUCACACUUACAGCGCAUUGUGGCAACGUCAUACGGCAGUGUGAUUGUUGUUUACAUACUGCUCUUCAUUUCUUGCGGAUUUGCUUUUGGAGUUACCGUCAAGGAUCCUUUGACGUUCAAUUUUCCUGCUGACCAGUAUGGUCUUGUCGGUAGUCUUCUUUUUCUUUUCCCAGUGUUUACAUUGUCAUCUACCUUUCCCAUGCUCUCCAUCACUUUGCGCAACAACAUUGACACCUUAAUCCAGUUCGUAUCUGACAAAGGUUCACAAAAAGGGGCGUCGUUACCACCACCUGAAACUAGCAGACUUCGUCGAACGAUCCUCACUUUGCUUGCUGUUGGGCCACCCACCUUGAUGAGCUACAUCGCUAAGCAUGCGAACAUUUCUGUGGACAGUUUGGUGGGCUUCACGGGAGCGUUUGCAGGAUGCGCAGUCAUGCUCAUCAUCCCUGCUGCCUUCGUGUACUGUUCUAGAAGGGCGUUCACAAAAGCGUGGAAUUCAAAGAAGGGAUCAAGGAUGUCACAGCCCACCAACUUCCACCACUCUCCAUUUGCAGGGCAAGGCUGGGUGAUUGCAGUGUUGGCAUGGGCUUUAUUGUCUCUGAUCUUCAACACGUAUGAGAAGUGGACGAAGUUACCAACAGCAUAGGAUUUAGUGUUUCGUACGAUGCACUCACCGGCCCUGAUCUCUCCAGCUCAAGCUACGGUUUAGAAUCAUCACUGUUGCGUAACUUUUGUCUUGUGGUUUAUCUAUAAGCUUGAUAGUUUGAAGAGAAAGGGAGAGUUUCAAUCAUAUAUUCUCGAUGGCUUGAAGCAAAUGGUCUCGACUUCUGGCUCCAUUGCAGGAUAUUGAGUAUUCAACACCAAUAGGGGCCAACCACCUUAUUUCAUGAAACACUUUUUUAAGAGCUCUCUUAAUGGCUCAUUGCAGGAAGCACUGUUGCACAGGUACGUUAAUUAGAAUUUCAGAGAAUUCUAAAGAAUUUCUAGCCUUUGUCGGUUGGGAGUUGUACAUUUGAUCAAGUAUACCUUGGAAAUUUAAUAGUUCUGACAAGUAGGAACACCUGAAGACUAA